CUCUAAAGAAAUAACGCUGAGUAGUGCGGUUGCUAAUGAAAAGUGCGCUGUGAAAUUUUAGUAUUAAAUUAAAAGAGUUAUAUUGAUACACAUGCCUAUAUAAGUCAAAGGACUUAUUCAAGUAUUUGAGUAUUCAAGUGACAUUUAAGUAUUUGAUCGUUUUUCAAUUGGCACUGAAGACAAGAUAAUUAUGAAUUCGGCCGACUUAGACGACACUCAUCUGUGUAUAAAGUGUAAUGGAAAAAUUUUUGGACUGGCGAAAUACAUUGAUCACCGUAAACGUAACUGUUCGUCUGUGGAAAAGCCAAACGCAUCAAGUACUACUACAAAUGGUACAAUGACGAGAACGUCACCAAUAGUUAGUCGCAACCACUUGGACCACACAUACGAUAGUUUUCAUUUCGUUGAACCAGAACCACCAAGCAAUUUUCUACAAAAAGCUGCUGAAAGUCACGACGGAAAGUCAUCUAAAUCGUUGACAGAGGCUUAUGAUAUUCCAUACGAGUUAGGCGCUGAUGUGUUCUUUUCAUCCUUGCAAUUGCAAAGCGUUUCAACUGGUUGUAAGACUGUACCAGGUGGUCGGGCCGAGAUUGGAAGAUCCAAAGAGGAAGACUGGCAUGUUCCCCGGGGAGAUCCUCUUCUCAAAGUAUUAAGAGAACAUGACGAUGCGGUAUUUAAACCUCUUAAGUUUGAACAUGAGUCCCCAGAGCUAAGUGAUGAGGAAGAAGAAGACGAAGAUCCCGAUGAAUUUGGUGAGGAGGUUGAAGAAGAUUAUGAUAUAAGACGACACUCGCCACCUACAGUUCCAGCUACGCAUACUGGAGGCAAGUGGAGGCCAGAACAUAGGCCCCAACUGAGGCAUCCCCAUAUGGAACGCAUUUCACCUAAUUGGGAUGAGCCUGGAGAUGAAACGUAUGCUCAUCCACCGGCGGAAUAUACUAAGGGAAAGUGGAUUCCUGGUAGCAAGCAUUUGGAAUAUCGCGAAAACCAUAAUCUCACUAAAUGUGAACAAUUAGAUGACAGCUUUUGGUGUAACAUAUGUUGUCGUAAAUUAAAAAGUCGUGCAAAUUACGAGCAGCAUUUAAAAAGUAGCUUUCACUUAAAAAGGGCAGAAACAGAGUGCCAACUAGCCCAAGCCACUCUUGGAACUGAGCUGACAUUAAGUAAACAGUUUUCUAUUGAGCUUCAACGGUCAAAUAAAGAUAGAAGUCAAUUAAGACAGCGUCGGUCUAGUCGCCUCCGGUGUAAUCUUUGCCGUUAUAGUGUGCCACGUCAGUGGAUUGGCAAGCAUCUUAUUUCACACUAUCACUAUCGACGACUUCAGCAGCAGUCUCCGGGUCUGCGACAAAGCUCGCUUCAAGAUAUACUCAAUCACAUGAGCAGCAUUAUAAAACAAUCGCCUUUCCAGUGCAUGCCUUGCCGCUUCUAUGCCAACACAGAAGCAACUUUUCUAAGUCAUUGGCAAUCAGAAAAACACCUGGAACUUACGAUUAGGCUUGGAGGAAGCUUCUGGUGUGAUUACUGUCAGUUUGAGUGUAAUUCGAAUGAAGCCAUGUUGGAACAUUUUUUGCAAUCAACACACAAGAGCGUCAUUUCAUCUCUUAAUCGCUCUGUUCCGGUUUACAUAGCUCAAAGAAGACAUAUUUACUGCUCCUGUUGUGGUAUGCGCUUUCUGUAUAAUAUACAAUUGCGUAGGCAUUUUUCAUCGGAACAUCCUGGAGUCACGCCCACCGGAAGUGCUGCUGAUCAUUAUCAGUGCCGUUUUCGCUGUCAAUUCUGCCGAUCAAUUCAUCGUUCUCGAGUGGCUCUGCAGCGUCACGAGAAGUACAAACAUCAAUUUAUAAGAUAUUACUGUACAAUUUGUCGAUUAGAGUUUGAAUCUCCAAUGGAAGCUCGCCGACACCGCAGUCUUAUGCAACACAGGAUGAAAACUAAACCAAAUAAGUCCACUUCCCAGCCACAGCAAAAUACCGAAAGAAUGUUUUCUAAAAUUUUGGAAGACAGAUCUCCAAAGCCUUCUGGUGACAAGCGGUGCAUUUUUCAAAAACAGUGCAGUGAUUGUUCACAAACUUUUGAGUCGCCCCAACUUCUUCGUCAACAUUUGACUCAGGCUCAUCCCUCUGAAAAUCAUCAAUGCCUUAGUUGCGGAUGCCAUUUCCAAUCUGCCCAGGCCUUAGGACGGCACACUCGAAACUGCAGACCGACACCAACAACCACUAAACAGGCACUGCAUAAAAUAAACUUGUGGCCUUGUGACAAAUGUAGUUUUAGUUCGCAGUAUAAGUCGGACUUAAUCUAUCAUCAGUUUUACCAUACUCAGGGAGAGACCAUUGACAAAAAUGAGCUUCUUCAAUGUCCACUAUGCAGUAAAAAAUUUCGUAAACAUUCCCUAAGAGCGCAUUUACGUAAUCACACGGAUGAGAAGAUAUUUCAAUGCCCCGAGUGUUUGCAAAAGUUUGCUCGGCAUCACAAUCUCAAAAAUCACUUAACUAGUAAGCAUGGUCAAAAUCACCAAAGAAAACCAAAAUAUCAUGCUAAAAACAAAGAGUUAAAAAUAAAUCCAAAGAAAUAUCAAUGUGAAACCUGUGGAAAAAUAUUAACAAAAAAAUCCUCACUAAAAGCUCACGAGAUGACUCACAACGCCAACAUCGAAAGGAAUUUUCAUUGCCAUUUUAAGGAAUGUGCGUAUUCAGGUUGGACCCAUGAAAAUCUUAAAACCCACUUAAUUUCACACUCCCAGGGAAGUUACAAAUGUACCAAGGAAAAAUGCAUCUACGUAGGAAAGAGUGCUAUGCAUUUAAGAAGGCACCUCAAAUCACAUAAGAAUGAGAAUACUCAUUGGUUUUCUUGCAACCAAUGCGACUUUAAAGCUCGACUCAAGGGACAUCUUACCAGACAUAUACUACAGCACUCUGGAGCUAAACCGCAUAAAUGCCCAUACUGUGAUUUCCAUUGCAGCACAAUAGAUAACCUGCGCAAGCACAUUAUUAAGACAGGCAAGCAUCCCGGAAGGUUUAUUUAUGAGUGCGAUAAAUGUUUAGUUGAUCAAAGCAAUGCAAUUUUCAAAAGCAACAGUUUUAAGGAAUAUCAAAGACAUUUGACCAUUCAUUUAUCCAAAUGAGGGAUUCUAAGUAAGUUCAUUUUAAUUAUUUCUUUACAUACUACAAGAGUGAUAUACAUAAGUAUGUACCAUUCAAUAUCAUUUCACUUCAUUAAAACAAAAAUGUACAUGUUUAAGAACUCUUGUAUAUUUACGCCAUUUUAAUGUGUAAAAUAAUGCCAAGAGUAUGACUCUUGCGGUAUCAUGUGUGGCUUCAAGCUAGUAAAUGAUAGCUCAAUUAAGCUUUGUUUGAAAUCUUACAUCGCACCACACGUUCAAGGGAAAGCUGGAAGUUGUAGCAGGAAAUCAAGGUAGACCUUAAUAUGGGCAUAAUUAUAAGGAGUCAGCAAUUGAGGAGCCGAAGCCAAAUGUUUGUCUGAUGCUGUGCCAGUAGUAUCGGUGCCAAUUAGUUCUCAUCGCAUCGUAUUCAGAGGCCGGAAUGCCAGUUUGUUUAAGAGUCAUCAUUGUGCUGGAGGACUGAAAGAAACAAGGGCUAAAUUAGGGAGAGCAGCAUAGAAUCAAUUUUUAAAAAAUAUAUAUACAUAUGUAAUUUUAUGUAAUAUAUUAUUAGCAUGUAUUAUAAAUAAUCUAGAUCUGGAUUUAAGACUGCAAUAUGUAUGCGGUAAACGGCGUUUUUAACCCUAUAAUCUAUGCACUUUAUUGAUCACCAUCAACAUCGGCUAUAAAAACUAUGACGUAGUAUACUGCUGGCGGUGCUGCCGAGCCGAUUUAUAUUGACUUACUAAAAUUAUGAACUUAAUAAAAUCUUGUUUUACGUUA